CAGCUGCGGACAACGUGAAAUGUGAAGAGAUAUGAGUUCCCUACACUCCUUCAACUCCCUCACCUUCCUCUUGGCUCCCUCUGACUUCCCAGCUGGCCUCUUGUGAAACAUCCCAGUGGCGCACUGAUAAAGGAGAGGUCCGGUACGAGCAUCCGAUCCAGCACAGAGUCACACAGCCGACAGAACUGCAGCUAGUCUCGCAUCUGCCAACCUUUGGCUCCAGCUGUUAUUCGGAUCCUAUAUCUGCCUCUGAACUAAGCAAACACCAAGGAUAGGUGUUUGGGGAGCUGAGUGGAGAGGUGAAAUAGCAGACACUUGUUGCGCGUCUCGUCAGGUAAACCUCCUGUCAGCAGCCAGAAGCGCUCAGUGGAAAUUCUGGUGCGCACAUGGCUCCGAAAACGCGCGUCUCACACUCCUGACAGUCGCGCAACAUGGAGCCACACACUGGAUAAUGAGGCCUACCUACUGAAUGGGUGUCUAACCUAUUUCACAUCAAACCUGUCUGUUAAAGUUGGGCUUUUUUCUGAUUUUCUGAAUCUGAUUUUUUUGUGUGUGUGUGGGGUGGGGGACUUCUGGUGGUUAAAAAAGCGCAGAGCCAUGCUGGGUUUAAACAGGAUUCUGAGCCUCCGGGCAUCCCGGAUUCGGAGCUGUGGUUCGCCAGAAGCCAGACUCUCAUCCCGGUCUUCUUCAUGCCAAAAUCCCGGUGCCAGUUCGAGGAUUUACUGUGGGUGUCUGUUGCUGCUGCUGCUGGUGACGCCUCGGGUGGACUCUUCAUGGUGGUACAUCGGUGCGCUGGGGGCCCGUGUGAUCUGUGACAACAUCCCAGGCUUGGUGAACAAGCAGCGGCAACUCUGCCAGCGCCACCCAGACAUCAUGCAGGCCAUCGGUGAGGGCACCAAGGAGUGGAUCAGAGAGUGCCAGCACCAGUUCAGACACCAUCGCUGGAACUGCAGCACGCUGGACCGCGACCACACUGUGUUUGGACGUGUUUUGCUACGGAGCAGUCGUGAGGCAGCAUUCGUCUAUGCCAUCUCCUCAGCAGGAGUGGUGUAUGCGCUCACUCGCGCCUGCAGCCAGGGGGAGCUGAAGACAUGCAACUGCGACCCGCACAAGCGUGGGCGGUCUAGCGACGAGAGAGGAGAGUUUGACUGGGGAGGCUGUAGUGAUAAUAUCAACUAUGGGAUAAAGUUUGCCAAAGCCUUCAUAGAUGCCAAAGAGAGGACUGUCCGAGAUGCACGGGCGCUCAUGAACCUACACAACAACCGCUGUGGACGAACAGCAGUGAAGCGAUUCAUGAAGCUAGAAUGCAAAUGUCACGGCGUGAGCGGCUCUUGCACACUGCGGACAUGUUGGAUGGCCAUGUCAGACUUCAGGAAGACCGGUGACUACUUAAGGAGGAAAUACAAUGGGGCCAUCGAGGUGACGAUGAAUCAGGAUGGGACAGGCUUCGCUGUAGCUAACAAAGCCUUCAGGAAGGCCACCAAGAACGACCUGGUCUACUUUGAGAACUCUCCAGAUUACUGCCUACAAGACAAAUCAGCAGGCUCUCUGGGCACGGCUGGGCGGGUCUGCAAUAAGACAUCACGCGGCACUGAUGGCUGUGAGGUCAUGUGCUGUGGCCGGGGCUACGACACCACGAGGGUCAAGCAAAUCACCAAGUGCGAGUGCAAGUUCAAAUGGUGCUGCGCCGUGGAGUGUAAGGACUGCGAGGAAGCUGUGGACAUACACACGUGCAAAGCCCCCAAACGAGCUGAGUGGUUGGACCAGACCUGAGGACACGCCCCCCCUACCCCCCGUUAUGCAACCCCACCCCCUUCCCCUUUACAGGACAUCCUGUGGAACAUGGCAUUCUGGGAAAGUUUGUCUGAAAGUGCUCUGCGUCUCCGCCCUCCCCUGCCCCCACAUCAGUUCAUCAUUGCAUGGCUUUUCUACCUGUCUCUGUGAAAGCACUAGAAUUCAGUACCCGUCAAUAUGAAUUAAUACCCAUUAGCCCCUAUUUGUGAAUGGCUCUGUGACUGAACUGCUGGGAUCAGAUGAUGAACGGUGAAACCAGAGGACACUUUGGGUUUCUGGUGGAUUGGGCUUUCAUGAAAGAUUCAGUCCAGAUGGCCUUUUUUAUAGCGUGUGGUUCUGGGUUAAAAAACGAUUUGCUGCUUUCAUGAUGCUUAAAAGACACAUUUUUACAUUAACUGAGCCUUUAAACAUAUCCAGUAUUAUUACAACAAUUUCAUAUACUCACAUAAUUUUCUUUCUUUUUUGGGGGGGCAAUACACUUUUAUCUACCAAAAACGAAUACUUGGUUGGACUUUGGGAAGUAGCUUGACAUGUGCACUUUGAGAAGUGGACAUCUAAGCGUAAGUUUGGCUCUGUGUGGCCAAAUAGAAGUCCAGGCAAAGGACUAAGAGGACACGUAGAUGGACGCCAGAUGAAUAAAUGGACGGAUGCGUCAUUGAAACUUUGAAUGCAAAUGUAAAAAAAAAAAAAAAGACAAAAAAAGACAAAAAUAGUUGUUUAAAGAGAUUUAUUUAAAUUGUAAAGUGUUGUUUCAUUUCUCAUCUGCGGAUGACACUGCACUACAUUGGCUGAUGAGGAUAGAGAAGAGCACUCCCAUUAUUAUACAGUGUACUCUAGUUUUCAGUGUAAGACGACCAACUGCCGCUGACAAGAGGAGGAAGAAGAAGAAGGAAAAAAAACCUGCAUGGUCAUUCAGUCACGCAUAACCACAACAUCAGAAAGAUUUCACUUCUCUGCUCUCCAGCUUGCUUGUAUAACAUUGUGUAUAUUGCCUUAUCCAAACAGAUGUU